GCCUGGGUCGCCUCUGCGGACCUUGCGGCGGCGACAGCGGGAGCCCAUGGAGCUUUCAGGCGCGCCGGUGAUUACGAGCAGGAGGCGGCAGGGCCUGGGCCGUUGCAGGCAUUUCUUCUGGCUCGGCGUCAUCUUCGACGCGGUGGGCGUGGCGGUGCUGUUCACCGGCAUCUUCUGCAACCUGUUCUUCUUCGACACGCUGGUCUACCUGGGUUCCAUCAUCAUCUUCUUCAGCCUGCUCUGGUGGAUCUCCUGGUACGCCGGCAACAUCGAGCUGCCCGAGGACACCUCGAAGGAGAUCGAGUACUUGCCGUCCGGCGCCUUGUUGAAAGCCCUGCGCCAGAGCAUCAGCCACCGCUUGUCUCUGUCCCUCACCGGCGUCUCCGACACCUUUCAGCGGAUGCAGCGGCGCCGGCAACGCUCUCGAAGGAUGCCCUCCCUGAAAAUGACCGUCGCGGGCCUGGCAGAAAAACAGGAGGAAACGGAGAACAAGGACAUAGACGGAGGGGGAAGUGCCCAGGAGAGCGGUGCCCCUCAAGACUUUUGCAAAGAGGAUCUGGAUCCCAAGCCUGAAGGUGACAAAAGUUCAGAGGCAGUUGGCUCCGCAGGCCCGCCGUGUUUUGGUCAGCAGCCUAUGUUCCCAUCAGACCAGCCUCUGCCGCCCGAUGUCCAGGCCUCUGUUGGCCCGCCUGUGGUGCCCUCGGUCUCCGUUGGUCAGCCUCCAGGCAUUUCUGGGAGCCAGCUCCAGAUCCUUCCUCAGGCUUCUCAAACUGAGGCUCGGCCUGGUCAGGCUGUAGACUCACGGGUCUCUCCGCCUGGUCAGAACUCGGAGGCCCUCCAGAGCACCUCUGUAGUCCAGGAGAUUUCUGUAAGGCAGUCAUCACAUGUCCUGGAGGUUCCUGAGAAUCCAGUUACUCCACCACUACCUAGCCAGACACUAUCUCAGGAGCUCCCUGACACUGCAUCACCUGUCACUGAGGCCACAGCUCCAGCCACUCAGGCCCAGCAGUCCGUCCCCACUGAGAGUGCUCCAGCCCCAGGGGCAGUGAAGAAAAGUGGCCCCCUCUAGUAGGAACCAGACCCCAGCCAUUUGAGUGGCUGCUCAGGCCUCUGCCAAAGCUCACCAAUGUUUCUACAGAUUUAACUGCCAACUUUCUAAAAGCACUCUUACCUUCAUCUUGUUUUGGAAACCUCCAUCCAGAGUCCUGACCUGUCUCAGACCAGCAGACUUACUAGACUGCUUCUGCCAAGUAUACCUGUUUCGGUAUUAGGGAUAGUUUUCUAGGUUCAGAUAAGAAAGUUAUUUAUUGCCAGAAUUUUAAGCCAUAAAAAACUGAGCCAUUCCAGAUCAACCUUGUUUUAAAAUAAGUUGGUUUUUAAAAUAGGCUUCUGUUGUGAAGGCAGUCCAGCAUUCCAAAUGGAAAAUAAUGUCUCACAUACUCUGGAUGAACAUGUAUAUAAGUAAAAUUCCCACAGAAAUGGAUAUUGAAAAACACAACUCUUUUUAUCUCUUUUUUCUUUUCUUUUUUUUUUUUAAUUCCUGACAGCUUUGUCAAGUCCAAACAACUCUUUUUAUUUAAGGAUAUUUUGUGACCUCUUUAUGAAAUAGCUAUCAGAAGAUAUUAACAUAAUGCAUUAUGAUAUGCUACAACUUAUAUGUACAUGCUCACAACUUCUGAGUUUUUCAUUUUCCCAAGGAUUUAAAAUCUGAUUUGAUUGUACAUUUUAAUGAUAAUCCAAUAAAAUUCAUUUAGGCCUUCUUCCUCUUAUGUUCUUUCUUUUUUUUUUUUU